CAAAUGACGCAUUUCGAAUCUCUCUGCCAUAAAACUCUCUUCUCUCUCUCUAUGCGCCUUUGCUUCUCCUCCGUCUUUAUAGGCUCUUCUCCAAUUUUUAUGAUCCAUUCCUCUUCAUUCUCGCCCAAUUCCGUGGUUCUUCUUCCGUCGCCGCCACAGUUUUUGGUCUUGUUUCCAGCGACAAAUAUAACUUUUUAACUUCUUCUGUUCUGUUUUUUGAUGUUUUUCUCCGUGAAAACCGAGGUCUCUCCGGCAUAGUUUGUGUCGCCGGAACAUGGUUGAAUCUGUAUAUUCAAGCGCUGGUAAUGACGUCCAAAACCUUAAAGCUUCGCAUUUCCAAACCGCUGUCUACUUUGCCUUUGGAUUCUUCUUUUCGAGGCUAUUCCUCGAUAAGUUCGUCUUUCAUAGGAUAGCUAUUUGGCUUUUGAGCACAGGUUCUUCUCCACUAAAAUUAAACAAUGCUACUACUCGUGCGAAAAUCGUCAAAUGCAAAGAGUCCCUGUGGAAACUGUUGUACUAUGCUGGUUGUGAAUUAUAUGUUCUCGAAUUCGUUUAUCCAGAGCGGUGGUUUGGAGAUAUUAAACUCUACUUCCACGGAUGGCCUAAUCAAGAGCUCAAGUCUUCUCUAGAGCUUUUCUAUAUGUGCCAGUGCGGGUUCUAUGUUUAUAGUGUUGCUGCGUUGCUUGCGUGGGAGACCAGAAGAAAGGACUUUGCUGUCAUGAUGUCUCAUCACAUAAUUACUAUCAUCCUCAUUGGCUCCUCAUACUUAGUGGGCUUCUUUAGAAUUGGAUCAAUCAUCCUCGCCAUUCAUGACGCGAGUGACGUGUUUAUGGAAUCUGCUAAGAUUUUCAAGUAUUCAGGAAAGGAACUUGGUGCAAGUGUGUGUUUUGGACUUUUUGCUAUUUCUUGGUUUUUGCUGCGGCUGGUUUACUUCCCGUUUUGGAUCAUCAGGGCUACAAGCUCUGAACUACUAAGAUAUUUGGAUAUGACAGCAGUAAAAGGCAAAGUGAAGUACUAUGCCUUCAAUACAAUGUUACUAAUGCUACUAGUUUUCCACAUAUAUUGGUGGUAUCUUAUUUGUGCAAUGAUCAUAAGACAGCUUCAAAACAGAGGAAAAGUGGGAGAAGACAUAAGAUCAGAUUCGGAGGAUGAUGAUUAGGGUUUAUUGCUAGAGGCCAUGGUGAAAGAAAUGGAUUCCACAUACCCCAAAUGACACUUUUAUUUAGCAUUGCUAUUACUCAUUAACCUGGAGUACUAAAGAGAAGAUCAGAAUUAGAAAAAGACAUAUAUGCAAAUUUUGGAUAAGUUACUAAUAGUAAAAGAAAAUCUUGUUGUUCUUCUUCUUAUUAAUUUUUGUAAAUGAAAAUCCAACCCCUUUUGUUUGUA